GCCGCGGAGAUGGAGGACGUGCUGGACCUCGGCGUGGAGCGGCGCCGCGGCUCGGCCACCUCCGGGGCCAAGAUGGGUCGCCGAGCUCAACAGCAGUCAGCUCAAGCGGAGAAUCAUCUCAGCGGCAAGACUUCCUUUUCAGCUCUGUCUGGAGAGGUGCCCCCUCCCAAGCCACCCCGCCGACAAGGAGGCUGGGCAGAUGACUCCACCAAGGCCUACAAGUCAGGAAGAAGAGCUUCUGAAGAAAUGGAGGUUCACCGCCUCAGACAGCAGAGCCUGGAUGGAUCAGAUGAUGGAGGAGAUAUACCUGUUAUUCCAGAUCUGGAAGAAGUACAGGAAGAAGACUUUGUUUUGCAAGUGGCAGCCCCUCCUAGCAUCCAGGUCAACCGGGUGAUGACUUACCGUGAUCUGGACAAUGACCUCAUGAAGUACUCGGCCUUUCAAACCUUGGAUGGAGAGAUCGACCUGAAGCUCCUCACUAAAGUCCUGGCACCGGAGCACGAAGUCCGGGAGGACGACAUCAGCUGGGACUGGGACCGACUAUACACUGAGGUGUCCUCGGAGCUCCUCACCGAGUGGGACCUGCUGCAGUCCGAGAAGGAGGACCCGGUGGGGCAGCCCUCGCACACCUGAGCCCCGGGGUCCAGCAGACCCCUUUUCUGGGCCUGAAUCAUCUCUCUGUGGACUGGACAAAAUGCAGUAAGCCCAAAACUAAAGAAGCUGGCAAGCAGCUUAAAACUUUUAUAUGGAAUAUUUUGUGAUAAAAAUAUUUAUUUUCAGUAGACCACAUUGGAUCACUCACUUGUAAUAAAUCGCUUUAUUCUCUGGUCGUUGCUUCCAUUUCUGUCAACACCCUCUGGGGAA